AUGUUCAAAAGUUGCGGCGCGUGGUUGUGCCUCGGCUACCUGGCGCUACCUGGGCCGGGCCGCGGUGGGCCCCUGCCCUGCCCAGCUAGGCACGCGCUUCCGAGAAACGCCGACACCCGACCCUGCCGCGUCCCCAUUGCCGCCGCUCCGAUGCAAUGUUGCGCUCCACAUAUGAUGUAUUCAGACAAUGUACGGAACCCUUCGUGCUCGCCUUUGGUGGUUCGCCGCGCGCGCGGUGUGCGACAUAAUGAAGUUGGCGACAAAGUUACCUACUUCGACCAACUUCACGGGAAGAUGCACUCUAUGGUGCUUCUUGAUGCCUUCUCAAGACAAAGCGACCGUAGAGGCGAAAGGCGGGAGGCAGGCGCGGUUGCGUUGUUGCGUGACGUGCCGUGUGCGGCGGCUCGCGACCUCCGCCGCUGCCAUUUA